AUGGUGCUCACCAAGGAUGAGAAAGCUCUUCACAACCAGGUCAACAUCCUGCCUCGACGCCAACUAGUCAUCGCGCUCGCCACGCCACCCUUUCAUCGGCUUUACUCCUCGUCACAAUUGAUCAAAAUGAUGCUCUAUGGUAGACUAUCCGAUGUCUUUGGCCGCAAGGUCGUUUUCAUAUCUGCCGCUUUACUUCUUUGUGUUUCGGAUUUUCUCUGUUCGUUUAGCCAGAAUGCAGUCAUGUUUUAUGUCUUUCGGGCUCUCGCCGGCAUCGGCGGCGGAGGUGUCUUGAACCUCAACAACAUCAUCAUUUCGGACAUUGUCAGCCUCGAGCAGAGGGGAAAGAUCCAAGCCAUCGCUGGUGCCACUGUCGGACUGGGUAAUAUCAUCGGACCCUUCAUCGCCGCUGGCAUCAUGCAGAGGUCAUCUUGGUGA